AUGGUUGAAGUUAAACAUAUUGUGACUCUCCAGCAGGAUCUUUUAAGCUCGGAGAUUGUCAUCUCUAACUCACAACCUACAUCACUCUGUCUGAGGGGUUCUGUUAUAAGCCAUCUCAUAGUGAGUACACCAGAAGCAACUUAUGCGGUGGGACUGGAAGGCUCAGAUUUCUUUAGCAGGCCACCAGUUUGGUCAAAUUUUAGCAUAAUUCCUCCGGAUUUCGACAAGAGAAAGGGUUUGGGUUCUAAGAAUUUAUGGGAUCCUAUGGCAUUCAGGGAACUUUUGUCCGGUUGGGGCGGCGUUAGAGAUCAGAACAAUGCUGAUGAUGUAGAGAGGAUAGAGAAAGCAACAGACGAAGAGUUGGAGGGUGAAGAAAAAGAAAAUUACAAGAAUUUAACUGAGAAAAUGAGCAGGAUUUACACUAGUGCACCUAGGAACUUUACCAUCAUUGACAGGGGUAGAAGAAACUCCAUUGAAGUAGGAAGAAAGGGGUUCAAUGAACUGUACAUGUUCAGCCCUGGCUCAAGUUAUGAUUGGUAUGGCAAGUUUGCUUAUAUAUGCAUAGGCCAGUCAGCCCUGCUUGAACCAAUAAUCCUGCAGCCUAAUGGUGAAUGGAGAGGUGGGCAGCAGUUAGAGAACCCGAAUCUCUAA